CGGCGGUGGUGGAGGCGGCAGCCAGUGCUGCGGAGGAGGCGCAGCAGCCACCAUGCAGCCGCCCCCCAGGAAGGGGACCUAUGCCAAGUUCCUCACGAAGUUCCACUCGGAGCAGGUGACAAAGCUGCAAGCCAAGAACCAGCAUGAGUGUGACCUGCUGGAGGACAUCCGGAACUACACCCUCAAAAGAUCAGCAAUCGAGAAGUCAUACUCUGAGGCGCUGCUUAAGAUAUCAUCGGCAUACCUCAAUAAGAAAAUCCCCAACAUCCCAGACAUCAAGACAGAAGGCGGUGAAGAAAAAUGGAACAUGUGGAACGUGUGGCGCACGGUACUGGAGGAGAACGAGAAGUUGGCACGCGCGAGGUUGGCAGCCGUGGAGGUAUUUCACCAGCAGAUAGCGGACGACGCUAAGGUGCUACGGUCGCAGAAGGUCCAGAACGCCAAGAAGUCCAUCGACCAGCUGGUAGUCGUGCAGAAGGAGCUGCAGCAGUGCGUGCAGGAUGUGGAUAAGACCAAGAAGCUGUACUUCGACGAGGAACACAGCGCGCACGACGUCAGGGACAAGGCCAAGGAUAUCGAGGAGAAGUUAAAGAAAAAGAAGGGUUCGUUCUUCCAGUCAAUUACAUCACUUCAGAAGAACAGUGCAAAGGUCUCAUCGAAACGCGAGCAGCUGGAAGAAAAGUCUACGGGGGCGCGUAACGACUACCUGCUGAGCAUAGCCGCUGCGAAUGCCCACCAGAACCGCUACUUCACCAAGGACCUGCAGAACACCAUGGUGUCGAUGGAGAACCGCGUGUUCGAGAAGGUGGCCGACUACUUGUCGCUGAUUGGCCGCACGGAGCUGCUGACCUGCAGUGCCACGCAGACUUCCUUCACCCGCAUCCGGGACCAAGCGCAACAGCUGACGCGCGAGUACAACCUGCAGUGCCUGUACCUGUUCUACCCGGUGCUGAAGCAGCACAUCCAGUACGAGUUCGAGCCGUGCGAGAACGACAGCAUCGACAAGGUGACGGCCGACCACUCGUCGGCGCAGCAGCAGCUCAGCAAGGAGGCCAAGCGCUGGGCCACGCGCAUCGCGCGCGACAAGCAGAACGUCGCCGAGUACGAGAGGCGCCUCGUGGCGCUGCAGGCCCUGCGCGACCAGGGGCAGAAGGUCGAUCCAAACGAUGUAAAUGGACCAGAUCUGGAAACGAAAAUCGAAGACCUGAAACACAGCAUUAGAAGGUCUGAGACUUCCAAGGUGAAAGCAGAAGCUCGCAUAGAGUGCUUGAGAGCAGGGGGAGUAAACGUGGACGAGUGGCUGCAGGAGGCUGACAGCCUGAGCGUGCAGGACAUGCCCCGCUCCGCCAGCUCGCUCUCCAUGCGGACGGACGGCGGCUCGGGACAAGGGGAGGCGGCGGGCUCGGACUCGCUGUACGACAGCGACGUGGACGCCAGCGGCUCCGAGGUGACGGCGGUGGAGCGCGGGGGCCGCGACGAGGAGGCGGAGCGCCAGGAGGCCGCCGAGGUGGACGCCAUGGUGGAGGCGGAGCGGCAGCGGCUGGAGCAGCUGACGGCGGGCUGGGACGACCCCACCAACGUGGACUGGGGGCCGCCCGACGACAGCGAGCCGCCCCCGUCCGCGGGGGCGGACUCUACCGGCACGGAGCACGACGCAGAGGCCAUGGGCGCACAGGACGCCGAGCCACGCAUCUUCCCGCCGGGGCAGACCUUCAAGUGCAUCGCACUCUACAACUACACGGCGCAGAACGCGGACGAGCUGAGCAUCGUGGAGAACGAGCAGCUGGAGGUGGUGGGCGAGGGCGACGGCGACGGCUGGCUGCGGGCGCGCAACUACCGCGGCGAGGAGGGCUUCGUGCCGCAGAACUACCUAGACGUCGAGCAGACGGCCAGCGCCGCGGGCGCCGCCUUCGAGCUGGCGCAGCAGAUCUCUUUCAGCUCCGUGGACUACACGCUCGACGACGACACCGCCGUCGUGCCCGAGGACGAGAUGCAGCACCAGCAGCAGCUGCAGCAGCAGCAGCAGCAACAGCAACAGCAACAGCAACAGCAACCUGUGGAGGCGGUGUCGCCGCUGACGGUGAGCGCGUCCGGCUACUGCGUGGCGCUGUACGACUACGAGGCGACGUGCGAGGACGAGCUGACGUUCAGCGAGGGCCAGGUGAUCCGCGUGCUCAGCAAGGAGCCGCACAGCGUCGACGACGGCUGGUGGGCCGGCGAGAUCGCCGGCACGGGCCAAGCCGGCCUCUUCCCCUCGCUCGUCGUCGAGGAAUGCCGCGAGGACGGCGAGCCUCUCACGCCGCCGGCGGACGACGAGGCUCCCAGCUCGGCACCGCCGGUGUUCACGCCGCCGGACGUGCCCAGCUUCCUGCUGGCCCCGCAGACGGUCGUCACGCAGCCCACGCCAGAAAUCGAGAGCUCAGCGUUCUCCAUGCAGAUGACGGGAGCGCAGCACCAGCAGUACGGGUCGCAGUUCUCUGGAGGCCCGCCCUCUAUCGUCACGGGACCCGAGACCAUUGGAGGAGAAGACGUGCCAAGCGUCAUGGUGCAGGUAACAGAUGAGGCUGGGGAAGAAUCCGGCACCGGCCUGCCGGUGGAGGCGGCAAGCAGCGGCCCCGAAGCUGGUGGCGAAUCCUCGGCGUGUGAGCCGUCGGCGCCGCCCACCACCCUGCCCGGAGUCGGCAUGGGCGGUGGCCUGGGCGUCGCGCAGAUCGUCAUCACCGCCGCCACGCCCACCAUCGAGGAGCCCGAGCAGCCCUUCCCGCCCCCGCCUGACGCCGACGAGGAGGCACCGGAGGCGGCGGCCGCCGAGGCGGACGAGGAGGUUCAGCCGCGCGGCCCCGGCCUCGUGGGGGCGGACUCGGAGGAGGCGGAUGCGGGGCCGGACAGCGCACCCGACGACGACGAGGAGCCGCCCACCACGGCCAGCGACGAGGACGAGUCGCUGUCGGCCCCCAGCACGGCAGACAACAGCACGCAGGCCCCCGUCAAGGAACAACAGCAGCAAGAGGAGGAGGAGGAAGAGUGCGCGCUGCCCCCGAUGCGUCAGCCGCUCGGAGGCCGCGCGUCCAUCCCUGACGAGCUCGAACCCCACCAGCUGGCGCAGCUGCAGGACCUCAAGGAAUCCAACGCGUAGGCAGACGGCAAGGUCCGCCUCUUCGCCCGGGGUCCAGCUAACGCUGCUUGUCACUACACUGUGUGUUCACCCUUUCUCCAAACACACAACACAGACGCGAGUUCGGCCGAAGCCUUGCAGACAUAUUCCGGCGCAACGACCCUUACGAUGCCAUCUCCACGUCUGCGCGAGUUAUCACACUUCUCCUCAUCUACUCCACCAUACAUCUCUCUAGAAAGGGCCAUUACUUCCUUCUCUCCUAUCUUAUUGUUUCACACCCCUUGCAGCGGACAUUUCCAGCUCCAGUGUCCCACUGUUGCAUACCAACCCUUCGUCCAGCUAUCACACUGUACAAAUCAGAGUACAAGGGCAACGUUUGCGUCCUGGGGUGUUGCACUCUUUCAGCUACGGAGCAGUGCUUAUGCUUCUUGGGGCAAUACGUUCCACAAAUAUGACUUCUUUCUGACCUCUAACAUAUUGGGAUUUGUAUUGAUGUAACCUCCCUCUCUGACAAUACAAUUACGAAGCUUAGUGAGUGCUAAGACACAUUCUAAAAGGGUACCGGCAUCUAAUCCAAUUUGUGAUAAUGUUUUUAAUGCCCACGGCAUUGUGAAAGAUAGGCGAAAGGCGAGCGAAUUCUGAAAAACCUACACAGGCUUCAGUUUUGAAAGUAUGUUUCCGCAAGCUCGCUGUUUUUCCGUAUAUACAACACGGAUGGACGAGGACUAGAGGGAUCCAGGUAGGAUUUUGCGACUGCAGUAAACACCUGCUUCCCGCGAAACUGUGACGACAUUUAGUGCUUUGUGCGUGCAUAAUCUACAGUGAUUUCUUUCAUUUCGGAGGAAACUCGAUCGAUAGAUAACAUUUUGUUUGACACUAGUUUGUUUUCAACACUGCGAGACGUCACACGCAAUUCCUAUCCUAUAUUCUUCCACAAAAAAAACCGUAGUUACUUCCUCACUACUCUGUUCACAGGUACCAUGUUACUAUUUAUGUACUGUCGACCAAAUAUUCUUCCCGGCCAGUACAAUGGCAGAACACUUCCCCCUUUGGGAUGUAAUGAAUAUUGAUAGCAGAUAAUUUUACUGAUUUUUUCUCUCAGUGCGGAACUAAACACCGUCCGUGAAGCAGAACACCAAGGUCACAUCAUGUACUAAUUCCCUAAACUACGACUGCCAAUCUAAGCGAAUAACCCCAGAAGUUUCAGGGACUUCACACGCAAUGUCUUAUUGCGUUACUAGUAAGAGAACUAAAUAGGCAGCGCACUGUCAUGACACGAUUUAACAUGCGGCUACAUUUGGCCGGAAAUAUAUUAUACAAAUAACCUUGCCGUCUGCCUAGCAAGUAAAAGUGCUCAAUGAUCUUUGCGGACGGAAGCCCGCCUGUUAAGACGGCGCUCCGUCUGCAGGAGGGGUUUAAAAAAAAUAUGGGAACAACAUUUGAAGAAGCACACUGAGUAAAAACCAAUAGAGGAACUGGUGUUUUUAUUUUCUAAAUCUGCUUGUUAGUGGUUUCUGUGCUAAGCUGGUUACAACAUGGACAACUUGCAACAGCGAGUCAAGCGUCAAUUGUCAAUUGCCGUAGUGAGAGCAAACCUUUCUCCUCCUCUCCUGAUCAGCCAAUUACAGCAUCCGCCACUGGUGCGGGUGCCUGUAGCGUAAGCAGAAACUUUUGUAUAGUACAUAUAUGUGUGUUAUGGAUGUUCGUUGUUUUCACAUGUGAUAGAUGAUAUUUUUCGUACUUUUCUGCCUAAAUUUCUAUCAGCGCAAAGCGCACGGCACAAGCUCGUCAUUUACUUUCUCAACAGCAAAGCUUCUGUCCAGCUAAGCUGUUCGUCUGUUGUGUAUGUGUGUAUGUGCUAGCGGCGACAUCUGAUGAGAAAGAAAGAGCUACUCCGUCUGUUGUUGUCUGCGAUCUGCCUGUCUUGAACGCAGUGCGUUGUGCAAGAGCAUUUGAGGGAGGUACCGCUACGUACAUCUCUAUUAGCGGUUUACAAUAUUGUUAUGUUCUGAGUACAGGAAUAAA